AUGACGAAGCCUGAGAGCCAGUUGCCCGUCGUCAAGGCGGCUGCUGACGACGCUAUCAGUCCAGCCUCUGAGGCUGCUCCCAACGUUGUCGAUGUCGACAGCAAGUCGUCGUUGUCCUCUGACGGGGCCAAGGACGCCAAGCUGGCUGAUCAGACUGCUCCUAUCAAUGUUGUACCGCACCUUGUUGGCACUUCUGACGGUGACGAUGUGACCCUCGUCGACGCUCAGUCUGGUGCUGUCGGAGCUACCUGGAAGCACCGCGUGCCAGCUCUUCUCAUGAUCCUGUUCUUCACCCUCGGAAGCAACUUCGCCCAGUCCUCCCUGUCCCCCCUCAAGUCAACGAUCAAGAAGCAGAUGCCCGAGGUGACCAACGCGCGCUACGGCGCGCUCGCUUCAGCCGAGCAGCUCGUCAACGGCGUCCUCCCACUCUUCUCGGGCAUCAUGAUCGACUACUAUGGCCCUAGCAUCACCUCUCUCCUCUCUUCCUCAGCGAUCCUGCUCGGUACCAUCGUUCGCGCCAUCGGUGGUCAUCGUGAAAGCUUCCCAACCAUCCUCGCGGGCCAGAUCAUCUUCGGACUCGGCAGCACGACCAUCGAGACGAGUCAGUCGAAGCUCUACACGCACUGGUGUCGCGAUGGCACCUCCCUUACCCUGGACGCAGAAGACAAGGAACAGGCACCCAAGUCGAGGCGCUUCGCUGCACUGUCGUCCGCCGGGUGGCUCGGUUUCGUCUACGGCCUCGACAUCGCCAUGGGCCGCGUGUUCAACGUGAUGGGCAAGAUGAGUUCCAUUCCCGUGGCCGAGUCGACGGGCAAGUGGUACUGGACCUUCUGGCUGUCUGCAAUCCUGUGCGCGGUGACGCUGGGCUUCAACACGGUGUAUGUGAUCUACGAGCGGUCGCUACCCAAACGCAUGCGCGUGGUGACGGGUCGUCAGCUCGCUGCUCAAGCUGAUGCACAGGCCAUCGAUUCCGACAGCAGCCUCGAAAAGAAGACGACCAAGCCGUGGACGCAACGUCAUCUGCGCCUGCUGACGCUCAGCGUGGGUGCGAUCCCCGCCUCCUUCUGGCUCAUCACCAUGACUCAGAUCCUGCAAGCAGGUUCGGUGAACGCGUACAACGCCAACCUGCCGGAGGUCGUCCAGAUCACACGGGGAAAGUCGAAGCUCAUGGCUGGCUACGCGUCGUCCGUCGGCCAAGUGCCACCUAUCGUUUUGACUCCGCUGCUGGGGUUGAUGUUCGACCUCUUCGGACGACGCAUGUACUACGUCUCUGGCUGCGCCGCAUUGUGGGUGGUCGUGUUCGCCCUGCUUGCUUAUACGCAGGUCAACGCAUACGUCCCCGUCGUCCUGGGAAGCAUCGCGCUCUCGUUCAACGCCCUUCCCUUCCUGGCCUCCAUUCCGCUGCUCGUCCCCAAUCAAGCCUCGAUCGGUACCGCCUUCGGCAUCUGGAAGUGCUUCAACUCGGCCGGCAGCGUCACCAUGGACGUCGCCUUCGGCGCGAUCCAGGACCGAACGCCUACCGGCAAGAACCAGUUCAACAACGCCUUCGCCUUCCUCAUCGCCCUCAAGGCCAUCGACGUGCUCUACGGUCUGAGCUACCACUUUAUCGACAAGAGAUACUUUGGCGGCGUGCUCAAGCUCAACGAGCGCCAGCUGCUGCAGAAGAUGAGGAGCGAGUCGGAGGAGGAGAGGAGCCAGGCGCUCAGGAAGCCGGUCAAGAAGUGGACUACGGCAGGUUGCGUGCUCCUCGCUGCGUUCGUCACCACGGGGUAUGUACUCUACAUUACUUACUCGAUCGGCACUUGA